AUUUGUCCCUGCAAAGAAAUUCAUAACGUCUCGUUGACUGCUUUCUGCACGUACUCGCUUCAAUUUCUUGUUGAACAUCACUGGAAGUAAGAUGCAAAAUAUAUUUGUCGUGUACCUCUGCCUUAGUAUUACUUUCCUGGCAUCAGGGGACGAAGUGGAGGAUGUGGCCGAGCUCAUCGAGGAGAGUGUUCGUGAGCAUGCUGGCAGCGACGAGCUGGCGGAGAAGAUACUCGCGAAGGUGAAAGCUAUUCAAGAGUGCGCCGCCGAACAUCCGGAGGAUGGCUUAGAGCUGCUUAAGAAGCUGACGGUGCCCAUUACGAAAGAAGGUACGAAAUGCGCGGCCACAAAGUCCGACAUCGAAGACACCAUUGAAAGAGAAGAUGCUGUGAGACACUGCUUCAGAGAAGUAGCAAAACGAAUUAUGGAAUCUACACCACUUACUGAGAAAGAAACUGCGGCUCACCGUGCGAUCAGGGACUGCGUUCGCCCCAAAUGGAAACAAUGAAAACUCCAGACAACAGCCCCUAGCGGGAAUUUGAACGCAGACAUAAACCGUAGAACCACUUGACGAAAAGAAGCUCCUGCUCUUAUUGUCCACCAAUUACAAUAAA